UCGCUGAACCGGUCGGGCGGCCGAGCAGCGAGUCUGCGGAGGCGGAGGCUCCGCUGGUCCAACCUCUUGCUCUUUGCACCAACAGCCCCCUCCUCCCAUCGAGUUCCACCCACCCUCCCGGCCUGACCCAUGCAGGAGGCGAGGCUGCUGCUAGGCCGCGGUGCACGGGCCUGGAAGUCCGUGAGGAUGGCCAGCUCCGGGGUGACCCGCCGAAACCCACUCGCCAAUAAAGUGGCCCUGGUAACGGCCUCCACCGACGGGAUUGGCUUAGCCAUCGCCCGGCGUCUGGCUGAGGAUGGGGCCCAUGUGGUCAUCAGCAGUCGCAAGCAGCAGAACGUGGACCGAACAGUGGCCACACUGCAGGGCGAGGGGCUGAGUGUGACCGGCAUUGUGUGCCAUGUAGGGAAGGCAGAGGACCGAGAGCGGCUGGUGACCACGGCUGUGAAUCGUCAUGGAGGUAUUGAUAUCCUGGUGUCCAAUGCUGCAGUCAACCCUUUCUUUGGAAACAUGAUGGAUGUCACUGAGGAUGUGUGGGACAAGGUUCUGAAGAUUAAUGUGACGGCUACAGCCAUGAUGACAAAAGCAGUGGUGCCAGAGAUAGAGAAACGAGGAGGCGGCUCAGUGGUGAUUGUGGCUUCCGUAGCAGGCUUCGCUCCAUUUCCUAACCUAGGCCCUUACAAUGUUAGUAAAACAGCUUUGCUGGGUCUUACUAAGAACCUGGCCUCAGAGUUGGCCUCAAAGAACAUUAGAGUGAACUGCUUGGCACCUGGACUCAUCAAGACUCACUUCAGCAGUGUGUUAUGGAGUGACGAAUCAAAAGAGGAAAUGAUAAAAAAAGCCAUGAAUAUUAGAAGGCUAGGCAAGCCAGGGGAUUGCGCAGGCAUCGUUUCUUUCUUGUGCUCUGAAGAUGCCAGUUACAUCACUGGGGAGACAAUAGUAGUGGGUGGAGGAACUCCUUCUCGCCUCUGAGGACCUGAAGACAGCCCACGAGGGCAGAGGUUGUCUCCAACUGGUGUGUGGGGAGGGUGCGUCCACCUUUCCUCUGCUGCCCUUUGCUGCCUCUGCCUAUCAUUUUGUUCACCUCACAAAAUCAGUUCGGCCUUGUGUUAAGUUCCAGCCGUCCCUCUGGUCAAGGUGUGACGUUGCGUUGUUGCUGUGGCUUUGAAUAAAGGCUUUCUGGGGGCCAGAGGGUGGGAGGAAGCCUGCUGAAAAGAUCAAGUUGGGGGUGAGGGGAGUUUCCCCCUGAAUUUCUGGAGAAUUUAAGAGGAGAUAGACGGAACCUGGGGGGGGAAGGAACAAGAAUGGAAAUUAACAACUUGCAAAUAAGGUGCAAUAAAAUGAAGAAUCGUGUUGCUCAGA